AUGGAGAUAAAGCAAAGGGAUCCGAGGAAAAAGAAGGAGAAGAAUAAUCAGAGAAGUGAGAGGGAGGAGGAGAAAAUGCAGGAGAAGGAGGAGCAGGGGCAAAACCAGCAGGAGGAGGAGGAGCAGGGGCAAAAGCAGGAGGAUGAAAAUAACAGAAACCAGGAGGAGGAGCAGGGGCAAAACCAGCAGAAGGAGGAGGAGGAUCAAGGGCAAAAGAAGGAGGCGGAAUGUAACAUAAAACAGGAGUACGAGCAUGGCCAAAAGAAGGAGGAGGAGAGGCAAAGAUUGAUGGAAUAA